GCUUUGUGAUCUGACGGCUGGUUGCGGCGGAAAUUAGCUGGCUGCGGCGAACACCUCUGUCGGACUCCCGGCGCUCUCAGUGCAAGAAAGAUGGCAGCGGAGCUAUCAACCUCCAUCAACAUCAAGGAGCCUCGGUGGGACCAGAGCACGUUCGUGGGUCGAGCCAAACACUUCUUCACCGUCACAGAUCCCAGGAACGUCCUCCUGACCAACGAGCAGCUCGCACACGCUCACAAAAUCAUCACCGACUACAGAAAAGGAGUCGUCUCUCCGGGGCUGACGGAGGACGAACUGUGGCGAGCCAAGUACGUGUUUGACUCGGCCUUUCAUCCCGACACCGGCGAGAAGAUGAUCCUGAUCGGCCGCAUGUCGGCGCAGGUUCCCAUGAACAUGACGAUCACCGGCUGCAUGAUGACGUUUUACAAGACAACUCCCGCCGUGCUGUUCUGGCAGUGGAUCAAUCAGUCCUUCAACGCCAUAGUGAACUACACCAACAGGAGCGGCGACGCUCCAAUCACAGUCAAUCAGCUUGGCACAGCUUAUGUUUCUGCCACUACGGGGGCUGUUGCCACCGCUCUAGGACUAAACGCACUAACAAAGCACGUCUCCCCUCUGAUUGGGCGGUUCGUUCCAUUUGCUGCUGUAGCUGCGGCUAACUGUAUCAACAUCCCGCUGAUGAGACAACGGGAGCUUCAACGUGGCAUUCCUAUAACGGAUGAAAACGACAAUCGGCUCGGGGAGUCGACGAAGGCGGCGGAGCAGGCCAUCUUUCAGGUCGUGGUCUCCAGGAUCCUCAUGGCUUCUCCAGGGAUGGCCAUCCCCCCGUUUUUAAUGAAUCAUCUGGAGAAGAAAGCUUUUCUAAAGCGCUUCCCAUGGAUGAGUGCACCUAUUCAAGUCAGCCUGGUGGGAUUCUGCCUGGUGUUCGCCACGCCUCUGUGCUGCGCCUUGUUCCCCCAGAAGAGCUCCAUGUCAGUCAGCCGCCUGGAGCCGGAGCUGCAGGAGAAAAUCCGAGCCAGCCACCCGGGCGUGGAGAGGGUCUACUUCAACAAAGGGCUAUGAGUGUGUGUGCCCCCCAUCCCCCCCAACGCUGCAGGCUCGGCCCACACCUCCCUGCCUGCCGUCCACAUCCAUUGUGCCAAAGUUAAGUUUGUUUCGUCCCAUUUCCACCGUUCAGGUAAACGUCCGAGGACUCGGUCAGCGUCGUUGUAAAAAUCGGGGACAGAUGCUCCAAGAACCGGCGAGAGGUUUCUCACGACGGCUGCACUGUGUUCUGUCAGAAUGUCUCGAGUGAAUCUGGUGAUUUGUUUUGAAAUCUCUGUCACACCUAAAGUUGGCCGACAUUUUUUAACUAAUAAUUCAUUAACGACUCAGCACUUCUUGCAUUUGCCAAUUCUCUAUACCAGGGCUAUUCAACUGGUGGCCCACGGGCCAUUUCCGGCCCGCGGGUGACUUAAAUCCGGUCCAUUUCAUAAAAACAAAAAACUUCUUUUUUUUUUUUGA